UCUUUUUUUAUCUUUUGUAUGCAUUUUAUUUCUUUUGGUAUGAAGUUCUUAUGCUCCUACUAUGCGGUUGUUACUGAAUGUUUGGUAUCAUGGGCGAGAUAAUAACUAUAGCCGACAUUUAAUCAGUGGAAAGUAGAAGACGGUGAACUUUGUUUCAUGAGUAAUUGGUACCCUUCCAUAGUAGUCAAAUGAUCUGUUAUGUUGUUGUUAGAACUGUCACUAUGCCAAGUAUCCUUGUCUGGCCAGACACUUGGACUCUUGUCAAGUUGUUUUGUUUCAUUUUUCUUGUCAUAUGCAAAAAUUUUAUUUUAUUUUUUAUUUUAUAUAUAUAUAUAUUUUUUUUUUGGAACUCAUGUAGUAUUGCAUCUGUAAAUCUUGAAUUGCCUUUUUAUUUAGAAGAUAAAACUUUUCAUCAUCAUCCUUGGAAUCCUUUACUGUACUUUCUUUGAAUGUUUAAACAAAAUCAGGUAGGUCAUAAUGUUUUUGGCAUGCACAACAAAUAUUACUAGGAAAUUGUUCAAGUCCAAUUGCUCCUGAAGUAAGGUAGUUUGUGAAAGAAAAUGUGUGCAGACUGCCUUUAUUUAGGCGAAUCUGGAGUUUGUUUGCUCGUAUUCUACCAUAUGUGGAGGACAGUGAAACUAUUGAUAAACUAUUGAGCAAAAAUGAGAGGUAUUCUAGAUUAGGUCUGUUGUUCAGUGGAACUGAUAAUUUAAUAUCUUACAAAUUAGGAAAGGGUGGUUAACUGUAUUAAAGGGUAAUCAUUAAGAAACGUCUGAAACGUCUUAAUGGAGAUGUGUUUUUCUUAUCUGAAACGUCUGAUUCAUGGGAUUUUGACCAUACAGGUAGAUUAUAUAUGGACUGUCCUCCAAAAAGUUAAGAGUAACUUGUUAUUGUGAGGUACUAAUUAGAAUUUGGACUUUUGGUGGUCUUGUCCAGUUUGGGCACGCCCAAUUGAUUUUGGGUUUUAUUUAGUGUGUGUGUGUUUGUGUGUGUGUGUGUACAUAUAUAUGGUUAUCUACAAACCCUAACAGUGAUAUAACCUCAACUUGGUCCCGUCUUCCAUGAGUCUCUACCGCCGCCCUGUAUCUGCAGAUGGUCCAUUCGUAAAAAAUCACUGAUCUUUCUUUCCAUUUCUGCUGAAAAGUUAUACAAUUUUCUGGGAUUCACGAUGAUCUGGUCUUUGCAUGAUAUUAUGGUUUAGGAAUCACAUAUGUUGCAUUGUGUGUAAUAUUAUUCAGCUUGUCACAGGUCAGAACUUCUCUCAUUCUUCAUGUAGUAGUAUAUAAUUCUGCUUCUCCUUAGAAUCAAAUGCACCCUCUGUUCUGCUAGUGUUGGUCAUUGAUCUUCAUUUUCUUUGUCUAUUAAAAUAUCAAAAUAUUACGAACAGGAUAGUACUUGAGCCAAUUUCAUUCUAUCAAUCUUGUAACUGCAGUUAUUUCUUCUGGGAUAUAAAAUACUUCUUAUUAGUAACUUAGAUUUUGAGAAUCAAAAAAAUUGAUUUUGAAAAUUUUCAAAUCUUGUGGUCUAUCUUUAUGUAGAUCUGACAACCCUGAAAAGCGUACGUGUUGAAUAUUUCUUUCUUUCUUGCUUAAGAGUUCCUGAGGAAGGACAGGUUCAGGUUGGACUAUUCAGAUAGACGCAUAGAGCUCUACUGCUGUGAAGUGGGACUAGAUGUUCAGACAAGAUGUAGAUGAUCUUUCACUUAUAUUAUUGUAGAUGGAAUCAUGGAAGUGCUGCUGAUAGGUUGUUGAGUAAACUGAUUAGGAAGUUUCUGGAGUUCAAAGUCUCUCUUCCAGUGUGCAAAGCACUCCCGAGAAGAAUGGGCAUUCAGAUGAUGCUUCAAGAAGUCCAGAGCUCCUUCAACAGUUUGUGAAAUCUGGUCCCAGGAAGGAACUUCUUCGGGCAUGUGUUGACAAGGACAAGAAAAAUUUGACUUCCUCAAAAAACAAGAUGGCCGAACUUUUGAAGACUACUAACAAGACAAAUAAGAAGCAGGAGUCAAAAAAAGCUUCUUCUAGUCCAAAUAAUCAUCCUCCUAAAAAGCAAUCCAGAAAGGGGGAAAAUCCCAUCCGGCUCUCACCGGCUUCUGAGCAGUCUCCAGAUUUUGGAUGUUCGAACUCAUGGAUCUGUAAAAACUCUGCUUGUAGAGCUGUUCUAUCCAUAGACAACACAUUCUGCAAGAGAUGCUCCUGCUGUAUUUGUCAUUUGUUUGAUGACAACAAGGACCCAAGUCUUUGGUUAGUAUGCACAUCUGAAUCUGGUGAGGGAGAUUCCUGUGGGUUAUCUUGUCACAUUGACUGCGCGCUUAGACGUGAAAAGGUGGGAGUUGUUGAUCUUGGGCAAUUGAUGCAGCUCGAUGGUAGUUAUUGUUGUGCUUCAUGUGGUAAAGUUUCUGGGAUACUUGGGAUUUGGAAGAAGCAGCUACUCGUAGCAAAGGAUGCUCGACGUGUUGAUGUUCUUUGGGACAGGAUAUGCUUGAGUUAUAGGCUGCUGGAUGGGACUUCAAGGUUUAAAGAACUUCAUGAUAUUGUGAAGGAAGCGAAGACUAAACUCGAGACAGAACUAGGUCCAAUUAAUGGAGAUUCAGGAACAAUGGUACGUGGGAUAGUCAGCAGACUAUCUAUCGCUGGUGAUGUGCUAAAACUCUGCUAUCUUGCAAUUGAGAAAGCUGAUGAAUGGUUGGCCAAUGUUUCUAGUGCAGACCCAAACAGAGAGGGUUCACUUCCAGCUGCCUGCAAGUUUCUCUUUGAGGAAGUAACACCUUCAUCUGUUGUGAUUAUAUUGAUCGAACUGUCUAAUGCGUCAUCUGAUGACAUCAAGGGAUACAAGCUCUGGUAUUACAAGAGCAGAGAAGAAUCACACACAAAAGAGCCUACUUGUACCUUUUCAAGAUCUCAGAGAAGAAUUUUGAUCUCCAAUCUGCAGCCUUGCACAGAGUAUACAUUUAGGAUAAUAUCUUAUACUGAGGCUGGUGACUUGGGUCACUCUGAGGCAAAGUGUUUCACCAAAAGUGUUGAGAUAAUUCACAAAAACCCUGAUUCACCGGUCUGCAGGAAUCAUAAGAAAGAGAAUCCUGUCAUUGAGGCAAAUUCUAGUGCCAUGAGGGAGUCUGAAACUUCAACAGCAGUUGUGCCUUCUUCUGAAUUUAAAGUUCGUGAUCUUGGAAAGAUACUUCGUCUGGCUCAGGCUCAACAGAAAGGCUCCUUGGAGGGCUUUUGUAGUGCCAACAAAGAAAAAUGUUGUGGACCAAGCAACCCGAUAAAAACUGAAACUCUACAAGAAGAGUUGCCUUCUGUUCCACGGGGGCUUGACUUAAAUGUUCUUUCAAUGCCUGAUCUGAAUGAAGAGCUAACCCCGCCCUUUGAGUCCUCCAGAGAUGAAGAUAAUGGAUGCACUUUGCAGCAGGCUGUGGAGGCAGAUGAUGAUGCUGCUUCUCAUGACAUGGUGAAGAACGGCCUAGCAAGAUCACAUGGUAGUGGUGAUUCACAGACCUGGACUCAUGGGAUUACUGGAGAUGUCCCUGCUGUUGAUUCUCGGGCAGAAAUUUGCAGGAAGAGGAAAGGAAACUCAAACGAAGAGACCCAUGAUUGUGACAGCACCCUGAUAAAUGGGCCACCAUUGCAAAAUGGUUCUUGUUGCUUGGACGAGAACUUUGAGUACUGUGUGAAAAUAAUCAGGUGGCUGGAAUGCGAGGGUCACCUUACGGAGGAAUUCAGAUUGAAGUUGCUAACAUGGUUCAGUUUGAGAUCAACUGAGCAAGAGCGUAGGGUGGUCAACACCUUUAUUCAAACUAUGAUUGAUGAUCCAAGUAGCUUGGCAGGACAGUUAGUUGACUCCUUUGCAGAUAUCAUAUCCCGCAAGAGGCAACGGAACGGAUUCUGCAGUAAGCUGUGGCAUUAAAUAAGGGCGAGGCAUGCUGAUAUGACUUACCAUAUGCUUCACAUUGCAUUUAUAUUACUCCUGAGAAUCGAUAAAUGGCCUCUGAUUAAUUUUGCCGUCUUUGUACAGGCAUUUUUUCUUAGUCAUUGUCACAAGCGAUUUAAUUAUAUCUCGGACAAGAUUCGUCCGGCUAUAAGACUUCGGUCACUGAUUGAGAAGACUCUGAUUUGUCUCGGGAAGGCCUUUGGAGGCAAGGUUUCUGGCCGUAGGACGCAUUUGUCAUUCCCGAUGUUAUCCUAGUUAUUCAAGCUGUAGAAUUUAAUCAUUGGAGAUAUUUUCAUAUUCACUGUUAUCAUUGCCUUCAUAAAUUCAAAGAAGAGUACCCAAUAUUUAUCAUGAAAUUUUCAUAAUUGCAGUUGUCAUUUCUCA